AUGUGGUUUAUAUUAUUCGCAGUUUGCACUUUUAAAAUAAUAUGUAUUUUUAUUUUUAUAAUUUAUUGCGUUGUCACUUUUCUUCUGGUUAUGUAUAAUGCUCGAACAGAGGAAUUGAGAAAAUGUAUUUUACCCCAAAAUAUAAACUUGGAAGUGGAAUUUCUAAUUGAAAGUCGCGAUAGCGUAGAUGACAAAUUGGAAGUAUUAACUGAGAAACUUACAGAGAAAGUGCACGUGUUACAAAAUUCGCAAUGUGAAAUAAAAAAUACAGAGAAGGUAUUGACCGAUUUAGAAAAUAAAACAUUGUUUUGUCGAGAUCGAUAUCGCCCAUUGAUGAUUGAAUUAAAAAAAGACAUUCGAAAAACUGAGGAUGAGGUAAAAACAUUGCAAAAUCAAAUUUCGAAUUUAUCAUUUCGACGAGAAUCUCUUAGGAGUGAAGUAUUAAAGCAACAAGAAGAUUAUCAAAAAAUGCUGAAUAAUUUUUCCAAGGAGUUAGAAAAUAAAAAAACGUUAUUUUCUUCGGGUAUCGAGAAAUUAAGACAUCCUCGUGUGAGUCAUUUUAUUUUAUUGUGA